GUACAGGUGAAAAUCUCACAGGUAAAUAAACAGAACCUUAACUUUGGAAACAUGUGAUUAACUGUCAUUUCUGUGAAUAUUCACCAAGGACUUGCGUUAAAAUAUGUCUGCAUGCGACAUGGAUACAAAUUUGCUUGUUCAAUUUCCCAUCAGCAUAUGUAGGUGUUAAUGCUGAUAAUGAAGUUAGAACCAAACCUGCAGAAAUACACUUCUAUUACUUAUUGUAUUGAACGAUAUAACUUGCCAUUUCAACAUAAAUGAGGCGUCAACGCGAUGUCGUCGACCCUAGCUCCAAUCAAGGGCAAGAGGGUUCAAAUACCCCAACAACACCCAACCCCUCCGACGUCCCCACCACCACUCCCGGCAAUAAUGGACCCCCGAGGAAUUACAAUCCCCCAGAGAUGGUUGGUGAUAACUCGACUGACACGAUAGCCGCUAUUACAGUAGCGUUACUUGCCGUUUUAAUAAUCAUUAGUGUCUUGUUGAUUUUCCGUGCCAUAAGAAAGCGACGUCGUGCUCUGAGAGGAACAGAACUCAACGCUAUCCCCACAAUUACAACAGGUGUGAUGGGAACAGGGGUAUCAGCAUAUGGCAAUAUUAAUGUAGCAGGGCCAAUCAGCUGGGAAUCGGUCAACAAUGUCCCCAACAAUGACAACAGAAAUAGAAAUGAGGCUCAGGGUGCCAUGGCGAUGGCUGCCCCUAGUCAAUAUGACAAUGGUGGUUUCACGAGAAAUGAGGCUCAGGGUGCCAUGGCGAUGGCUGCCCCUAGUCACUAUGACAAUGGUGGUUUCACGUAGCAGAAGGAAUAGAGGCGAUUUGAACAAAGAUUGAAACUUUGUAAUGGAUGUCUGGACAGAGCUUAUCAGUAUGUAUGUACUGUAUCAACUCGUGUGUACAAUUUGUGAAAAAAUAUUUGU